AUGGCGCCCGUCGAGCAUCUUGUCGCUCUCGUCGCGCGCGACUAUAUCUGUGGCUCCGGCGAACGCUACCACAAUGGCCGCUGCUACAGCAGUAACUGGUACAAUUGGGGCCGCUGGGUAGUCGCUGCCAUCGCCGCCGGUCUCUUCCUCCUUGUCCUCCUAUCCUGCCUAAUGGUCUCUCGCCGACGUCGCAGACGCGGCGGCCAGCCUAUCUACGGAACCGGGUGGAUGGCUCCUCCAGGGAAAUACGGCAAUCAACCCAACAACCAUCAGAUGUACGACUACAACCAGCAGGGCUAUCAGAACCCCCAGGGGUUCCAACAACAACCCGCGUACGGAGGAUACCCCCCGGCCCCUCCUCCGCCGGCGUACGGACAGCAGCAGCAGCCGCAGUACACGGGCACGACCUUCAACACCAAUGACGGCUACUACGGGCAGCAGAAUCAGCAGCCCCCUCAGCACACUGGGGUGCAGCCGCCGGAGGGGACGUAUCAGCGCGACGAGACGUACUCGCCUCCCCAGGGACCGCCUCCGGGCAAGUAA